AUGCUUACUGCAAUGACGGAGUUGAAUGCUGCAAAAGACAUUGUUGAAGAGCGGAAGAAUCAAAACGUAGAAAAAUGUUUUGAGGCUCCAAACCAUGUCAACCGUUGGUUGGAAGAUGUUCAAACAAUCAACAGAAAAGUGGAAUGUGUUCUUAACGAUAAUUGCAAUUGGUUCAAUCUAUGUAAUAGGUACAUGCUCGCAGUGAAAGCCUUGGAGAUAACUCAGGAGAUCGAUCAUGCCAUGAAACAACUCUCUCGGAUAGAAUGGACUGAUGAUUCAGUUCCUUUAGGGAGAAAUGGUUCCACAAAGGCAUCCACCUCUACACCAUCAAGUGAUUACAAUGACUUCGAGUCAAGAGAACACACUUUUAGGAAAGCACUUGAAGCACUUGGAUCCAACCACACAUCCCACAUGGUAGCCUUAUGUGGGAUGGGUGGAGUGGGGAAGACCACGAUGAUGAAGAGGCUGAAAAAGAUUAUUAAAGAAAAGAGGACGUUUCAUUAUAUUGUUUUGGUGGUUAUAAAGGAAAAUAUGGAUCUCAUUUCCAUCCAGGAUGCUGUAGCAGAUUACCUGGAUAUGAAGCUAAUAGAAAGCAAUGAAUCAGAAAGAGCCGAUAAACUUCAUGAAGGGUUUCAGGCGAAAUCAGAUGGAGGUAAGAAUAGGUUCCUCAUAAUACUGGAUGAUGUAUGGCAAUCUGUUGAUAUGGAAGAUAUUGGUUUAAGUCCUUUUCCGAAUCAAGGUGUCGAUUUCAAGGUCUUGUUGACCUCGGAAAACAAAGAUGUUUGUGCAAAAAUGGGAGUUGAAGCUAAUUUGAUUUUCGACGUGAAAUUCUUAACAGAAGAAGAAGCACAAAGUUUGUUUUAUCAAUUUGUAAAAGUUUCUGAUCCCCACCUUGAUAAGAUUGGAAAAGCUAUUGUAAGAAAGUGUGGUGGUCUACCCAUUGCCAUCAAAACCAUAGCCAAUACUCUUAAAAGUAGAAACAAGGAUGUAUGGAAGGAUGCACUUUCUCGUAUAGAGCAUCAUGACAUUGAGACAAUUGCACAUGUUGUUUUUCAAAUGAGCUACGACAAUCUCCAAAACGAAGAAGCUCAAUCCAUUUUUUUGCUUUGUGGAUUGUUUCCUGAAGACUUUGAUAUUCCUACUGAGGAAUUGGUGAGGUAUGGAUGGGGCUUGAGAGUAUUUAAUGGAGUGUAUACUAUAGGAGAAGCAAGACACAGGUUGAAUGCCUACAUCGAGCUGCUCAAGGAUUCAAAUUUAUUGAUUGAAAGUGAUGAUGUUCACUGCAUCAAGAUGCAUGAUUUGGUUCGUGCUUUUGUUUUGGAUACGUUUAAUAGAUUCGAGCAUUCGUUGAUUGUCAAUCAUGGUAAUGGUGGUAUGUUAGGGUGGCCUGAAAAUGAUAUGAGUGCCUCAUCUUGCAAAAGAAUUUCAUUAAUAUGCAAGGGCAUGUCCGAUUUUCCUAGAGUCGUAAAGUUUCCAAAUCUCUUGAUUUUGAAACUUAUGCAUGGAGAUAAGUCUUUGAAGUUUCCUCAAGACUUUUAUGGAGAAAUGAAGAAGCUUCAGGUUAUAUCGUAUGAUCACAUGAACUAUCCCUUGCUUCCAACAUCACCUCAAUGCUCCACCAACCUUCGUGUGCUUCAUCUUCAUCAAUGCUCAUUGAUGUUUGAUUGCUCUUCUAUUGGAAAUCUGUUGAAUCUGGAAGUGCUCAGCUUUGCUAAUUCUGGCAUUGAGUGGUUACCUUCCACAAUCGGAAAUUUGAAGGAGCUAAGGGUACUAGAUUUGACAGAGUGUGAUGGUCUUCGUAUAGAUAAUGGUGUCCUAAAGAAAUUGGUCAAACUUGAAGAGCUUUAUAUGAGAGUUGGUGGUCGAUAUCAAAAGGCCAUUAGCUUCACUGAUGAAAACUGCAAUGAAAUGGCAGAGCGUUCAAAAACCCUUUCUGCAUUAGAAUUUGAGUUCUUCAAAAACAAUGCUCAACCAAAGAAUAUGUCAUUUGAGAAUCUUGAACGAUUCAAGAUCUCAGUGGGAUGUUAUUUUAAGGGAGAUUUCGGUAAGAUCUUUCACUCUUUUGAAAACACGUUGCGGUUGGUCACCAACAGAACUGAAGUUCUUGAAUCCAGACUUAAUGAGUUGUUUGAGAAAACAGAUGUCCUUUAUUUAAGUGUAGGAGAUAUGAAUGAUCUUGAAGAUGUUGAGGUAAAGUCGGCACAUCUUCCUAAAUCCUCUUCCUUCGACAAUUUAAGAGUCCUUAUCAUUUCUGAGUGUGUAGAGUUGAGAUACCUUUUCACACUUGAUGUUGCAAACACUUUGUCAAAGCUUGAGCAUCUUCAAGUUUACGAAUGCGAUAAUAUGGAAGAACUCAUACAUACAGAGGGUAGAGGAGAAGUGACAAUUACAUUCCCAAAGCUGAAGUUUUUAUCAUUGUGUGGGCUACCAAAUCUGUUGGGUUUGUGUGGUAAUGUGCACAUAAUUAAUCUACCACAACUCACAGAGUUGAAACUUAAUGGCAUUCCAGGUUUCACAAGCAUAUAUCCUGAAAAAGAUGUUGAAUCAUCUAGUUUGUUGAAUAAAGAGGUUGUAAUCCCUAAUUUGGAGAAACUUGAUAUUAGUUAUAUGAAGGAUUUGAAAGAGAUAUGGCCUUGUGAAUUAGGGAUGAGUCAGGAAGUUGAUGUUUCUACGUUGAGAGUGAUUAAAGUGAUAUUUUGUGGUUCCAUUGAAGUGUUAUUCAACAUUGAGUUGGAUUCUAUUGGUCAAAUUGGAGAAGGCAUCAACAAUAGCAGCUUGAGAAUCAUCCAAUUGCAGAACUUAGGGAAGCUAAGUGAGGUGUGGAGGAUAAAAGGUGCGGAUAACUCUAGUCUCCUCAUCAGUGGCUUUCAAGGUGUUGAAAGCAUUAUCAUUAACAAAUGCAAGAGGUUUAGAAAUGUAUUCACACCUACCAGCACCAAUUUUGAUAUGGGGGCACUUAUGGAGAUUCGGAUACAAGAUUGUGGAGAAAAGAGGAGAGAGAAUGAAUUGGUAGAGAGUAGCCAAGAGCAAGAGCAGAUUGAUAUUGCAAUCCCAUUCACUCUCACACACUCUUUCCAAAACCUCCGUAAACUUGCUUUGGAAAAGUAUGAAGGAGUGGAGGUGGUGUUUGAGAUAGAGAGUCCAACAAGUAGAGAAUUGAUAACAAUUCACCAUAAUCAACAACCACUACUUCCCAACCUUGAGUUAUUGGAUAUAAGUUUUAUGGACAGCAUGAGUCAUGUAUGGAAGUGCAACUGGAAUAAAUUCUUCAUUCUUCAAAAACAACAGUCAGAAUCCCCAUUCUGUAAUCUCACAACCAUACAUGUUCAAUAUUGCCAAAGCAUUAAGUACUUGUUUUCAACUCUCAUGGCAAAACUUCUUUCCAACCUAAAGAAGGUCGAGGUAAGAGAGUGUCAUGGUAUUGAAGAAGUUGUUUCGAACAGAGAUGAUGAAGAUGAGGAAAAGACUACAUUUACAUCUACAUCUUCUGAAAAAAGCACUAAUUUGUUCCCUCGUCUUGAAUCUCUCGCUCUUUAUCAACUUCCAAAUCUCAAGUGUAUUGGUGGUGGUGGUUCUGCCAACAGUGGGAACAAUGAAAUAUCUCUUGAUAAUUCCACUACUACUACUUCUUUUGUUGAUCAAUCUAAGUUUUAUCAGGCAGGUGGCGUUUUUUGGACGUUAUGCCAAUACUCCAGAGAGAUAAAUAUAAGGGAGUGUUAUGCAUUGUCAAGUGUAAUUCCAUGUUAUGCAGCAGGACAGAUGCAAAAUGUUCAAGUGCUGAAUAUAUACAGGUGCAACUCAAUGAAGGAGUUAUUUGAAACUCAAGGGAUGAACAACAACAAUGGUGACAGUGGUUGUGAUGAAGGAAAUGGUUGUAUACCAGCAAUUCCAAGACUAAAUAACAUUAUUAUGCUACCCAAUCUAAAGAUAUUGAAGAUUGAAGAUUGUGGUCAUCUGGAACAUGUAUUCACAUUCUCUGCACUUGGAAGCCUGAGACAGCUCGAAGAGUUAACGAUAGAGAAAUGCAAGGCAAUGAAAGUGAUAGUGAAGGAAGAAGAUGAAUAUGGAGAGCAAACAACAAAGACAUCUUCGAAGGAGGUUGUGGUCUUUCCUCGUCUCAAGUCCAUUGAACUGGAAAAUCUACAAGAGCUCAUGGGUUUCUACUUAGGGAAGAAUGAGAUUCAGUGGCCUUCAUUGGAUAAGGUUAUGAUCAAGAAUUGCCCAGAAAUGAUGGUGUUUGCACCUGGUGAGUCCACAGUUCCCAAGCGCAAGUAUAUAAAUACAAGCUUUGGCAUAUAUGGGAUGGAGGAGGUACUUGAAACUCAAGGGAUGAACAACAAUAAUGAUGACAAUUGUUGUGAUGAUGGAAAUGGUGGAAUUCCAAGACUAAAUAACGUUAUUAUGUUUCCAAAUAUAAAGAUAUUGCAAAUCAGCAAUUGUGGCAGUUUGGAACAUAUAUUCACAUUCUCUGCACUUGAAAGCCUGAUGCAGCUCAAAGAGUUAACAAUAGCGGAUUGCAAGGCAAUGAAAGUGAUUGUGAAGGAGGAAUAUGAUGUAGAGCAAACAAGGGUAUUGAAGGCUGUGGUAUUUUCUUGUCUAAAGUCCAUUACACUAUGCCAUCUACCAGAGUUGGUGGGUUUCUUCUUGGGGAAGAAUGAGUUCUGGUGGCCUUCAUUGGAUAAGGUUACCAUCAUUGAUUGCCCACAAAUGAUGGUGUUCACACCUGGUGAGUCAACAACUCCCCACCUCAAGUACAUACACUCAAGCUUAGGCAAACAUACUCUUGAAUGUGGCCUUAAUUUUCAAGUCACAACUACUGCAUAUCAUCAGACCCCAUUCCUGAGUUCGUGCCCUGCUACUUCAGAAGGGAUGCCUUGGUCCUUUCAUAAUUUGAUCGAAAUAUCUUUGAUGUUUAAUGAUGUUGAGAAGAUUAUUCCAUCCAAUGAGUUGUUACAUCUGCAAAAGCUGGAAAAGGUUCAUGUAAGGCAUUGUAAUGGGGUAGAGGAGGUAUUUGAAGCAUUGGAAGCAGGGGCAAAUAGUAGUAAUGGUUUUGAUGAAUCCUUACAAACUACUACUCUUGUCAAACUUCCAAACCUAACACAAGUGGAGUUAGAGUAUCUAGAUUGUCUGAGGUAUAUAUGGAAGACCAAUCAGUGGACAACAUUUGAGUUCCCAAACCUAACAACAGUCACUAUCAGAGAAUGUCAUGGGUUAGAACAUGUAUUUACUAGUUCCAUGGUUGGUAGUCUAUUGCAACUCCAAGAGCUACAUAUAUAUAACUGCAAAUAUAUGGAGGAGGUAAUCGCCAGGGAUGCAGAUGUUGUAGAAGAAGAAGAAGAAGAUGAUGAUGAUGACAAAAGGAAAGACAUCACAUUACCUUUUCUAAAAACUGUAACACUUGCUAGCCUUCCUCGUCUUAAGGGGUUUUGGUUAGGGAAGGAGGAUUUUUCAUUCCCAUUAUUGGAUACUUUAAAUCAAAUAAGAGGUAUUCAAUACUAAUAAUAUAUUUUCAUGUUGUAAUUGUGUCAUUAUUGUCUGCAACCUUUUUCUCUUGUUAUGCAUCAGGGCCUUCAGUUUAUGUAUUUCAGAUGUGUUAUUCAUGGUUAUGUGAAUUCUUGUGCUAGAUUACAGGGUUUUAGAUGUAGUAGUAUUAUAAAUAUUUGGCUCGUUAGUCAAACAUCUUUUUCCGAACAAUUUUUCUAGUAUGCCACUAGUUAUACCAAGAAGUUAUGGCAUCUAGUAUUGAUUUCAUAACCCAAAAGUGCUGUAAAUAUUUUAUACCGGAAGGAUGAGAUUUUGGAAGUCUUACAUGGCAAAUACAUGGAUAAAGAUUAAGGACCAGGGUUAGUUUAGGAAAUCUUGAGAAUAAAUUGGUCAUAAGGGUUAAGGAUUAAGGAGGCAAAAGUUGAAUUCAGAAAUGCUGGGAGAUUACCUACUUAUCUUGUUAUUUUUAGGGGUAAUGACAUAAAAACCUUAAGUUUUCAAAUUUUUGUCGGUUUUACCCUUUUGCAGAUUUUAAAUUCAUUAAAACCG